AAGAAAAGUUGACCUAAUAUUUUAUUAAUUAUAUGAAUCAUCAGUUCUUCCUCUCUCCGUCCUCGAGUCUUGGUUUAGGGUUUCAGGAGUCUACAUUCUAUUCAGCCCUUCACAUGGCGGGUGCCGGAAUCCAUCCUUAUCACCAGCAAUGGCCUCCGGUCCAAGCUCCUCCUCCACCACCGGCCACUGCUUCGGCCGUGCCUCCGCCGGCUCCUCCUGUUCACCAUCCUCCUCCACCUGCUCCGUCUCUUGAUGAGGUUCGGACUAUCUUUAUUACCGGUCUUCCUGAAGAUGUCAAAGAGAGAGAGCUGCAGAAUUUACUGAGAUGGCUUCCAGGUUAUGAAGCUUCGCAAGUGAACUACAAGGGAGAAAAGCCUAUGGGUUUUGCUCUCUUUUCAAAUGCACGAUUUGCAGUUGCUGCUAAGGAUGCCCUUCAGGAAAUGGUUUUUGAUGCCGAGUCAAAGUCCCUUUUGCACAUAGAGAUGGCUAAGAAAAAUCUAUUUGUUAAAAGAGGAAUAGUAACAGAUUCUGAUGCAUAUGAUCAAAACAAACGAUUGAGAACUGGUGGCAAUUAUUCCCCCAGUCCUUUUUCAACUCCACCUCCAUUUCAUGCUCCUUCACCUGUUUGGGGACCACAUGGGUAUAUGGCUCCAACUCCUCCUCCUCCAUAUAAUCCAUAUGGAUGUUAUCCUGUUGCUCCAGUUCCAAUACCAACUCCGGCUCCCGUACCAGCUCCAAGCAGUUAUGUGCCAGUUCAGAAUACCAAAGAUAACCCACCUUGCAAUACCUUAUUUAUUGGCAAUCUUGGAGAGAACAUUAACGAGGAAGAAUUAAGGGGCCUAUUCAGCGCUCAACUUGGUUUUAAGCAAAUGAAGAUCUUGAAACAAGAGAGGCAUACUGUUUGCUUUAUAGAGUUUGAAGAUGUGAGUACUGCAACCAAUGUGCACCACAAUUUACAGGGUGCUGUGAUCCCCAGUUCUGGUUCUGUUGGCAUGCGAAUACAAUAUUCAAAGAAUCCUUUUGGUAAAAGGAAGGAUUCCGGUCAUCUUGUUGCUUCCCCCAGUGCAAAUGGGCCCCCACCAGCUAUUACUUACCAGUAGAUCAUGGGGAUUUUCUCUGUUUUCUGUUGUCCGACAAUAUAUGCUAGGAUGCAUCCAUUUCAUCAUCAACAUCAGCAUUAGCAUCUCUUCUCGUGUGUUUGAAUUUGCAUGGUGGUAUCAUGAAGUGCAACAUUUGCUCAAGUUAUAUCAUAUUACCUAAGACAUGCAUUUAUCUGCAGCAUAUUUUAUGCCAGCUUAACUUUAAAGGUUAAGAUAAAUAUGUUAUUUGUAGAAGUAGCGCAUUGUCUACAGUUUUGGUUAAUUUGUGUGUUAUUCCACCUCAUGUUGAACAUUAACCAAACCAUGGUGUUGGACUA